AUGCCAGAAACAUCAGCGUUCCUCUUCGAGUCCAACUGCCCCGGGUUCCCGACCCCGAAACCGCACCUGCCUCAGCCUGGCGCUUUCCCGGCCCCGCGCCCGCGCCCGCGCCCGCCGAGCCGCGCCCACGGAACCCCUCCGCUCCCUCGGCCGCGCCCUCUCCACCCUUCCUGCGGUCCCGCAGCCCUGGCGUUCGCCCCCUACUCAGAACCCCCUUUUCCCAUCGAGCCUCCCCUCACUGACUGCACCCCGCUUCCCCGUCACCGCGGGGCCUCUCGGCCGAGCGAGCCCACCGGCGCGGUCAGCGUAAACCAGUCCAUUCUGCCCUCUAGGCCGCGACCCAGGCCGCGGGGGUCUCUGCCGCCCCUUCUCCUCACCGUGCCGUCCCCGGGGCCCUCGUCCCGGGCCCCCUUCGCUCCCUCACCGACCACGGACUCCAGCCCCGUGUCGGGGUGGCUCAGCGGCUCCAGCGGCGCGGGCUGCAAAAGCCGCUCAGGGUCGGGAGCUGCCUGCUCCACGGCUGCGGCUCAGCACAGCGGACACAGUGCGCCGGCGCCGCCUCGCCUGGGCCCGCCCACCCACGGCCGCCGGCCAGGCCCCGCCCCCUAG